AUGUUCUCCAAACCGUCAGUUUCACCCGCCGAAGCUUCCAGUCGUGCCAAUCGUGAUGCUCCCAGGCGCUUUCGUGACAAUGUCGGAGAUCUAUUCUUGUCGGGAGCCGUUCCGGCGAAACGAGCCCGAACGAUUUUCGAGGAUGCCGAUGCCAGUGGUGCAGCUGGUGUUGGAGAUUUAGCCGGUGUGGGGGACACCAGCCAUGUACAUCGAGACUUGCUCCGAAAGUUGAAGAAAGGUAAAAAAUGGAAAUCGGCCAUGGAAUUCACGAUACCAGUGUGGAACAAGAAGCAAUGCACGGCAGGUGAAGGCAAAGUCAAGAUCAUGCUCCCCCAUGAGGUCGUGCAUAGUGUGGCCCAUUGGAACAAAGAAUAUGCUGAGUUCUUUAGUUUCGAGAACCUUCGGCGAGAGUGUGCAGAUCACAUGAAUGCAGCAAAAACCGAACUCGGGCUAGCAGGUGAACAAGUCCUGCCCCUGGCUUUGUGGCUUGAUGGGGUUCCUGUCAAGUAUGAUCGGUCGGAGUCCUUGGAGGUGGUCACUGUGAGCUUUCCACACCUGAGUGGUGACAUCGGCACUUUGAGGCUACCGGUAGCGGCUUUGUACAAAAGCCACAUGGUCAAGGAUGGGUCGACCAUGGAUGCAAUUAUGAAGGUAGUUGCAUGGUCCCUAGGGUCGCUAGCUGAAGGCUUCUUCCCUAAGUAUGGUCCUGAUGGCGAAGAAUUGCAAGGUAAGCGGGGCAAGCUAGCAGGGAAACCACUGGCAUGCAAAGCAGUGCUAUGUGAGGUUCGUGGCGAUUGGGCUGCAUACAAGAGCACCUUUCGGUUGCCCGGGUGGGCCGAAAAGGAAGCCUGUUGCUUUCGGUGCCGAGCCAACAAAACGGACAUCGAUUUUCGUGACUGUUCGUUGGAUGCCCGCUGGAGGCAAUUGCCCAUGACUCAUUGGGAGAUCCUCGCUAGAUUGCACGAAAAGCACGGUAGCAUGCCACCGCUUUUUGCAGCACCAGGCUUUAAGUCCUCCAUCUUUACCAUCGACUGGCUACAUUCCUGUGACCAGGGCGUGUGCGCAGAUUUCAUGGGAAAUCUCAUGUUUGCCAUUUACAGCACACUGCCGGGAUCCGAAAAGGAUAAGCUCUCUACGAUGUUUGCUCAUAUUCAAGCCUACUAUGCUGAGACCGCUGCUGAAAGCAGGCUUGACAAUCUCACCAUAGGCAUGAUUAGAGCCAAGAGCAGCAAGAGCCCCAAACUGAAAGCGAAAGCCGGCGAGUGCCGAGCACUGGUUUCGUGGAUCGCACCAGCUUGCCGUGAUUUUUUGAACCCUGAAAAUCCGGAGCAUGCAGCAAUCGCACAUGCAGGUCGCUACUUGGCACAGUGCUAUGCAUGCUUGAGCGAAGCCAAUUUUCAACAAGAGAAGCUCGCCGUAGCAUGCAGGAAGUUCCUUGUGAUCUACUGUGCUUUAGAAAGCCGGUGCCAGGAUGAUUGCAGAUGGAGGUUUAAGCCCAAGAUGCACAUCUGGCAACACUUGUGUGAGGAGUCCAGAGAUUCCCCUGCUCGAUUUUGGGUUUACCGCGACGAGGAUUUCGGCGGCACUUUGUCUCACAUAGCCACCCGCCGGGGUGGCGCCAACACAGCCCAUGCAAUUUCCGGUAUGGUGCUGGACAUGUUUUAUGCAAAUAAUCAGGUCCCGGUCGUGGCAUGA